AUUUUUUAAAAUUUUCAAAUUUCUUACCACCGCCGGCGGCACCCAUACGUCCCGACGUCACAGGGACCGGAACACAGAAGCCGGAUGCCGGCAUCGGCCGGAGGAGAUGGCCGGGGACUCUGCAGGGGACACAUCACGGGAGCGAAGGACAAGGUAAGCUCUGCAGGGACUCCCUAUGCAGCGCCGCAUGGUAAGCCCGAGUGUAGCUCAGGGUUACCGCUUUUGGUACUGAUAUUUUACCCCGAGCUACACUCGGGAAUACCGCCAGGAAGGUUAAAUCUAAAACUUGUCCUGCGCUCCCACGAU